AUGAAGAAAAAAGUUUCGAUUUUCAAGGAUUCAAAAUCAAGCGUUUUUUUUGGAUGUCAUGGAUUCAAAAAAUCAGACCUUUGCAUUUAUUACCGAAUAGUGAGUACUCAUUUGGUUUUUGAAAACGUGGAACGACGCUGGAAAGCCAUUAAAGCACCUGUUAGACAACAUAAGAGGAACGGUAUUGACAGUCUAGAAGAUAUUUUAUUAACAACACGACCUCUUGCCAGGCACAUCAAUCAGUCAAUCAAUCAAUCUGACUGUUGUAAGCAAAUAGCGCAAUGCUGCUGUUGGCUUGCUUUUCUUGAGUUUGACGAAAGAUGUCCUGAACAAGAGCUCAAGGUUGGGUUGAAUCAGCCAACUAUGCCUGCUAGUUUUUCUAAGUAGUGCUAGUGGGCCUACAGUAGUACACCUAACCUUGAAUCAGCUGGUGCUGAAGAAGGUGCCUUUGUCGACUUCCUUGUGUGAAGAUGAGCUUCUUUCGUCGUUUCGACUUUUCAUUGCUCGUAGUACUGCUGUUUCGUUUUCUUCGAUCGUACUUCUGACAUCGCUCGUCCUCGUCGUACUGUUGUGUUCGUCCUAGAU